AUGAAAUUGAAUCCAGAACAGAUUGUUUCUGAUAAUGUUGAUGUUAGUGAAUUUCAUAGUGAUGAGAGUAACCCUGUUGAAAUUGGUUUUGAUGAUAUUCAAGAGGAGAUUGAAUUUUGGAGUUCUGCUGUGGUGUGUUACAUUGUGGGGGGUAAUCCUCCUAUCAAUGUCAUGGAGGGAUUCAUUCGAAGGAUUUGGAAACAGUUGAAUGUUGAUAAGGUUGUCAUGGUGAGAAAGGGGGUUUUUCUGGUGAGAUUUCUUACUAUGGACUCGAAAGAUAAGGUGUUGAGAGGACACUAUUUUUUUGAUAGUAAGCCCCUUAUUCUGAAACCUUGGAACUCUGAUAUGAAUAUGGAUACACCAGAACUUCAAUCUGUGCCAAUUUGGGUGCAAUUGAAGCUAAACUUCAAGUAUUGGGGGGAAAAGGCUUUGUUUAAGAUUGUAGCACAGUUAGGCAAGCCACUAAGGAGGGAUCAGGCCACAAUCAGUAGAGAUAAACUUCAGUUUGCUAGAGUCAUGGUGGAUGUACCAUUGUCUCAAGAGUUGCCUGAUUUUAUUUCUUUCAGAGAUGAGAAUGGCAUUAUGGCGAGAGUUGCCAUUUUUUAUGAAUGGAGGCCAACAAUUUGCACUAAAUGCAAGAUGUUUGGUCACCUACAGACUGAAUGCAGACAAGGUCAGAAAAAGAUCUGGAUUAGGAAAGCUCAACCAUCUGUUUCAAUCCCAGUUCAAUCAACUGAGCAGGGUGAUCAUGUGGUUAGUCCUAUUGUGGAUCAAGAAGGUUUUCAAAGAUCUUUGAGACCAAUUAGAGUGAGAGUUGGUCUGGAAACUCCAGUUAGAACUUCUAAUACUUUUCAGAUAUUGGAGGCCUCUUUACUUGAUAAGGAGGAACUGGGGCCUAAACUCCAUUCAAAACAGAAUGAGGUGAAUCACUUUAUUCAGAAGUAUGCAGUGGGUUUGGUGGGGCUCCUGGAACAUAAGGUAAAGCUCUCUAAUCUAGGGAAGCUUUAUCAGAAAGUUUUUGUAAAUUGGUGCUUUACUAGCAACUCUAGCUAUCACUCUGGUGGUAGGAUAGUUGUAGCCUGGAAGGCUGGUUGCUUCACAGUUAACAUUGUUGCUGCAUCCAGUCAGUUUGUUCAUUGCCAUGUUACUCCUAUAAGUGGUAGGAAACCCUUUUAUUGCACCUUUGUUUAUGCUUUUAAUGAUGCUGGUAUGAGACAAGAUCUAUGGCGGGAUUUGUUGUUGCUUAACACUCAAGAACCCUGGAUUGUGUGUGGGGAUUUCAACUGUGUUAUGGCAUUAGAUGAGAGAAUUGGAGCUCCUGUCAGACAUAGAGAUAUUGUGGAUGUGAGCAACUGUAUGCAUGCUUGUGGUAUGGAGGACAUCAAGUGUGUGGGUAAUCUUUUCACCUGGAACAACAAGCAACAAGGUAACAACAGAGUUUUUUCAAAAAUUGAUAGAUUUAUGGCUAAUCAAGCUUGGCAAACUUGCUUUCCUGUUGCUGAGGUAUGUUUUAUGCCAGAAGGACUUUUUGAUCACUCUCCUGGUCUUCUUUCUGUGUUUCCCAGAGAUGAUGGAGGGAAGAAACCAUUUAAGUAUUUUACUACGUGGAAGUCCUCAAAUGUGUUUUCUGACAUUGUCUAG